GCCUCACGGGCAUGACGUCGAAGGGCGCCGAGGACGUGCUGGGCUUCCUGCGCGUGGUGCGCUUCGUGCGCAUCCUGCGCAUCUUCAAGUUGACGCGCCACUUCGUGGGUCUGCGCGUGCUGGGACACACGCUGCGCGCCAGCGCCAACGAGUUCCUGCUCCUCGUCAUCUUCCUCGCCCUGGGCGUGCUCAUCUUCGCCACCAUGAUCUACUACGCCGAGCGCCUCGGUCUCGGACACUCGUUCGACCAGGACGACCAGACGUCGUCCUCCUCCUCCACCUCCACGUCCUCCUCCACCUCCACGUCCUCCUCGUCCUCCUCGUCCGACCACCACAAUCACCAGCAUCAGCAGACCAGCUUCAAGAACAUCCCCAUCGGUUUCUGGUGGGCCGUGGUGACGAUGACGACGCUGGGCUACGGGGACAUGUACCCCAAGACGUGGUCGGGCAUGCUGGUGGGGGCCUUGUGCGCGUUGGCAGGGGUGCUCACCAUCGCCAUGCCCGUGCCCGUCAUCGUCAACAACUUCAGCAUGUACUACUCGCUCGCCAUGGCCAAGCAAAAGCUGCCCAACCGGCGCAAGAAGCACGUGCCGAGGCCGCCACAUCUCGGCUCGCCCCUCUACUGCCGGCCAGAGCAGGGCCCGCACGCCAACUGCGUGCGGAGUGACCGCUGCCUGCUGGUGAAGGGUGCCAGUGGUGGUGGUGGUGGUGGCAGUGGUAGUGGCGGUGGUGGUGGUGGUGGUGGACGGAGCGUGGCUUCCGCGGGACUGGUGGUUGACCGUGCAGGUUCACGGCAGAACGGAGAGGCGAGCUCUGGUGCUGGUGGUGGAGGAGGAAGAGGCGGUGGUGGUGGUGGUGGAGGUGGUGGUGGAGCCAAGGGGAGGAGGAGGUCGACUGACGGUCGACGCCACGGGCGCAGGUCAAGUGCCCGCGACUCGUUCGGCAAGGGGGCGACUUGCUUCCUCCUGUCGACGGGCGGUGACUUCGCGUGCUCGCCCGACAGCGUCGCCCGCAAAGGCUACGAGAAGUCCCGCAGUCUGAACAACAUCGCGGGCCUCACUGCGAGCAGCCUGGGACUGCCCCACACGGCAUCGCACCCUUCACUGCGGAGAUCACGAUCGCCCAUCCCCUCCAUCCUCUAGAGCACCACCACCCACUACACAUACACACACACAUACAUACACACACAUACACACACAUACACACACACACACCCACACACACACACAUACACACCCCACCACACACACACACAUACACACAUACACCCCCCACACACACACCACACACACACACCCACACCCACACAACCACACACACCCACACACACACAUACACACACAGACACACACACAUACACACACAACCACACACACACCCACACCCACAACCCCCACCCCACCACACA